AAAGGAGAAAAAUGAAGAGUGACGACGACGACUUGAGCUUCAAAUUAGAGUUAGAGGAGAGAGAGAGAGAGAGAGAGAGAGUGAAGUGAAUAGAAAAUGGCAAAGCCGUCGUCUGCUUCAUCUUCUUCUUCAUCAACCACAAAGGAUGCACAAGACUUAUUACGCGCUCUUUGGUCUGCAUAUUCCGCUACACCUUCAAAUCUCAAGAUCAUCGAUCUCUAUGUUGCCUUCGCUGUUUUCUCCGCUCUCCUUCAGGUAGUUUACAUGGCUCUGGUGGGAACAUUUCCAUUUAACUCCUUCCUUUCUGGAGUACUCUCUUGCGUAGGGACUGCAGUUUUGGCUGUUUGUCUCCGAAUCCAAGUCAAUAAAGAGAACAAGGAAUUCAAGGAUCUUGCGCCGGAGCGUGCUUUUGCUGAUUUUGUUCUCUGCAAUGUGGUGCUUCACUUGGUGAUCAUGAACUUCCUUGGUUAAAUUUGUUUCAUGUGUUUUUGUUGUUUCCAAGAGAACCGUCGGAUAUAAUGUAUUAUAUACCUGGGUUUUCUCAUGUUAUUGUAGUUUCAUGUUGAUUCCCUUACCUCUUCCAUUUUUGGGGACUUCAUUUUGAACAUAUAGAUACUAUAUAUUCUGCUAUCUUUUAAAUUUAAACUACCGUUUUAAUGAUGAAUUUCAGAAGGUGUUCACAUGGA